CCCUGAAUAUGCGCCAAACACUCGCUCAUCGCCCGCCGCCGCAAUCUUCAAGUCUGCAGGUCCUUCGAUUACGGAGUUGUCAGUCGACGCCAUUUCGGUUCGUCCCUUUCUUCUUAUUCGUCCGAAUGUCCGUCCAGCAGACGGAGCUGCCAAUGGGCGCCGCCGAAUCUCCAGAAGCCGAAGCCAAAGCUCGGCCAAUUCGCGUCGCAGGCGCCGGGGCUGGACGACGGCCCGCAAUCGGUUCGCUCGGUCGGUCUCUCGGGUUGCCAACUUAAGACAACACGAGAAAGUGUGGACAGAGCGAGCGGGCGUUACGAUUCUGCUCUUCUUGCGGUGGCGCGUGAAGAGCCCGACGCGCGCCUCGUCUUCUCGUCGAUGCAAUUCGGUCGUCGGUGCAGUUCGAUCUAUGAUAAAGGUCGAGGGCUGUCUGGAUACUCGAGCGGGUGACCGACAGGCAGCUCGGAAAUUCGACAACUGGCCCACGACGCGGCCUGGUGGUUCAGGGCAUGUUUCUGAAACAGCUUCGUGCGAUGACGGACUCGAAAGGGCCGCCAUUUCAAUUGCAGACCUCAGAUACUGGCCCUCCCGGCCAGGAUCAGAGGAAAGGAGGCUCCUUACUCGCAAGAGAGUUACCUGUGCGAAGGCAAAAGACCCGCAUUGUGGAGAAAAUUAAGGAAAAUCGAGUCACCAUCAUACUCGCUGAUACCGGAUCAGGGAAGAGCUCACAGGUGCCGCAAAUGCUCUUGGAAGAGGGCAUGGGACCGAUAAUUUGCACCCAGCCUAGGAGGCUCGCGGUUGCUACUGUUGCUAAGCGAGUGGCUGAGGAGCGUGGCUGUACCCUUGGGGGUGAAGUAGGCUAUCAAAUUGGUCAGCAGAAAGUCAGCUCCACACGUUCAAUGAUUGUAUUUAAAACCUCUGGGGUUUUACUCGAAGAGCUCAGGACCAAUGGCGUGGCUGCAAUCAACAAGUACAAGGUCAUUAUCCUGGAUGAAGUCCACGAGCGAUCAGUGGAGUCUGAUCUCGUCUUGACGAGUGUGAAACAUCUUCUUCAGAGCACUAGCGUGAAGUUGGUCCUUAUGUCGGCAACAGCUGACUUGUUGAAGUAUGAAGUCUACUUCAAAGAUAUAGAUCGAGGCGAGCGGGUUGAAAAAAUUGCUAUUCAAAAUCUUGCGGACAAACUACAGAGCAUGAUUCUGAAUACCAAGGUUUCAUACUUAGAACAGGUGGUCAAGUUGCUGGGGAAUGUGCCGGAACAUGUUGCUCUCCUGGAUCGCUUUACUGAACGCGAGGAAGUUGGAGCGGCUGAGAGGGGAAUCGACAUCGGGGAUGGGACUUUGAUGUUGAUAAGAGACUUGAUUCUUCAUCUACACAGCAGCGAACCAGAUCUUAAAAAAAACGUGCUGGUGUUUCUUCCUACUUACAGGUCUUUGGAGCAGCAAUGGUUGCUUCUAAAUGCAUCCAAGGCUCCUUUCAAAAUUUUCGUCCUUCACAGCAGUGUAGAUAUAGAGGACUCUAUACGAGCAAUGGAGGUAUCUCCCGUCAACAGACGCAAGGUUAUCUUAGCUACGAACGUAGCAGAGUCAUCAGUAACCAUUCCUGGGGUAUCAUUUGUGAUCGACUCAUGUCGAUCUUUGGAAAUUUUUUGGGACCGUGACCAGAAGAAACACAAGCCCCGCUUGAAAUGGAUAUCGGAAUCGCAGGCCAAUCAGCGAAAGGGAAGAACAGGUCGGACAUGUGAUGGCGUUGUCUACAGGAUGGUGCCAAGGAAUAUGUUCCUGCGGUUUGACAAGUUCGAGACCCCUGCCAUGCAGCUUAUAUCACUGAAAAAGCAAGUCUUAAUGAUUCUAACUUCCGUAUCGAAGGCACUGAACGAUCCAUCUGCACUACUAAAGAAGUGCAUGAAUCCGCCUCACGUGGACACUAUCGAAGAUGCUUUGGAUGCACUCAAGGAAAUGAAGGCAAUUGAAUAUGACCAGAAAGGAAAACAUAGACCUACUUUUUAUGGACGACUCUUAGUAUGCCUUCCGCUCUCCUUGGAGUCUGCAAUUAUGGUCGUCAGAGGAGGCCAACUUGGUUACACUCGAGAGGCAGCUCUCCUAGCUGCAAUCCAGGAUUGUACUCCAAACCCUAUCUCAAGGCCCUUCGGAAACCCUUACAAGUAUCAACAGAGCGUGGCUAACUACUACAAACCUGAGGAUGGAGAGGAAGUUGCAAGUCUUGCCACCAACAUGCUUGCAAAUAUGUAUGCUUACGAGUUUUGGCAACGAUCUUUUCAGGAUAAACAACGCCUGAGAAACUUAUCGGAACAAGCAAGAACGUUCGUCGUUGCCAACGGAAAUGUGAAGAACCGGGGGGAAGAGACAGAGCUUGACUGGUGUUCCCAACACCAACUGAACCUGACUGCCCUGCGUGCAGUUGCAGAAACUGUGGAAGCCAUCAUGGAAGCCUUGCAUAGAUUUCGGCCAGAGUUUCUGAACAAUGUUUCAGGGCCUCCGACGUACAUUACGCAUGCCUACGAUCAUGUAUGUGAAGUAUCUCCAGCCGACUCCGGAAAUGGCAGUGUGCACGGAAGCUGGUAUCAUGAAGUAGAGCAUAAAAGUGAUAAUGACAGGGAGGACGUCGGCCACGAGAAUGGAGGGUCGAUGUUUGAGAAUGGGAGUUUCGCGACACAAGAGGAAAGAAAAUGUUUAAGGAUUCCGUAUACUUCAAAUGGAACUCAUCACUCUUUGGAGGUCGAACGAAUUUUGACUGCACUUCUUAUUCAGGCACCAAAAGGAGAAGAACGGCCUCCUUCUACGAAAUUGGAAGAAAUCCCUGCAGAUUCAGAGUCCAGUAAUGUUCCACUCUGCGGUUUUUUUCUGCGGGGAAUGUGUAUCAAAGGCGAUGAUUGCAAUUACUCACACUCAAGAACUGCUCAACCUACACCCUGCCGCUUCUUUUCUUCACCUAGUGGAUGUCGUUAUGGUGAUUCGUGCAUAUAUUAUCAUGGCGAGCCUAAAAAAUAUGUACUGCCACUUAAUAGUGAACCGUUGUGUUGCUAUGAGGAGCAGCCAUCUGCGCGGUCCAUGUUGGAUCUCCUUCCUCAAUUAGGCGAAGGGGAAUCCCUUCUGCUUUUUGGGGAAGGGGACUUCUCUUUCGCGCAAAGUUUGUCGUCAUAUAUUCCCCCCCACCAGAUUAUCGCAACUUCACUUGACAAGGAGGAUAUCAUUCGUUGCCUUCCGCUUCUGAACCAGAGAAUCCAAAACCUUCGGAUGAAUCAGAUGCAAAUUCAUUGGAAUGUAGACGUGACGAGUCUUGUGACCAGCCCCACAAGGGACAGAAUCAAUGUGUCACAAAAUUUCGCGAACCUAAUUUCCUGGCCGGGAGUGAGGUGCAUAAUCUGGAAUUUUCCAUUCGCAGAUGCAGAAGAAGAUACGGCCAAGCACCAGGAACUUGUGCAGAAGCUUUUUGCGUCUCUGAGUGUCUUGAUGGAAACGUUGAGGCUGCAACCCAUACCAGUCAUCGUUACCUUGUGCAACGAUCAAUUUUGCCGCUGGAGGGUGGAAAGAGCAGCCAGAGCUUCCUUCUUUUUCCUUACCUGCUCGUUGCCUUUCGACAGCAAGGCCUUUGGCGGCUAUCACCCCAUCAGGAACAAUCUUCUUUCAACUUUUCCUGUCGAAAAAGCUCUGGUUUACAUGUUUGAACACUAUCCACCUCCCAUGCAGACUUGAAAGGAGGACAGCGAUACCCGACUUGUGGAUCAUCAAGGUUUGCAAUCUUGCCAGAUGCAGGAAGUUUUGCUGUUGUAGGCUACACGCUGUUGUUGGCUUGCUGUUGUGCGCGGCUUGAAACAACGACACGGAGGACAACAUUGAAGCAUCAUGACAAUCGUCCCCAGCUUGUGCACACUGCAGAAAUUUUACAGAAGACUUGACACGGAGGUAAGAGCCAACGUUCAACGCGGAAUUUGCAAGUAUUCUUGCCGGGUCACUACCCGGCAAGAGCCAACGUUGGCUAAACCCUAAACGUUCCUCGUUGAACGUUGGCUCUUACCUCGUGAAUGUUGGCAGAGACUUGAAGUCUCUGGAAACUAGAUUCAGGGUGGCAUCCUGGUACUCAUGCGUACCAGGAUGUCACACAAUAGAUAGAGGGUUUUGCAUUUUGAACUAUGUUUGGAUUCCAAACAUAGUGUUGUCCGUCGGCCUGGAGAGUGAGUAAAUACGACAGAGGCUUGAAGUUGGAAUUGGAAUUGGACAAGAAUUGGAAUCUUGUCCAUGUGAAGAAGAAAAUUAGCCUAGUCUCCACAGGAGAAGUGUACGUACCACUCAUGUAAAUAUGGGAGUCUUCUGCGAAACGUACUGAAAGUUCAAUUGUACGAUCUUUGAGUAU